AUGGGGACUGAGAUGAAGAAGAGAGAAGCUUACAAGCAGCAAGAGCCAGGCAAAACGAAGACAAUCGUUAGGAGGAGGAAGAAGAAGAGAGAGAAGGAGGAAAAGAGAAGAAGAAAAGGGAGAAGAAGAAGAAUAAAAAUAAGAAGAAGAGGAGGACGAAAACGGAGAGAUCGAGAGAUAGAUCGAGAGAAGCAAGGUACCACCAAACCACCACGCAAGGGCAAAGAGAAAGGCUGGCGGGACAAAGGCAGCAAAUUAGAGAUGCCGCGAACUCGAGAUGCGACAGUCCCGGAGCUGCUGAUAGGUCCCGGCGAGUGUGACGGUGACGCCGGAGACGGCAGCGAGAUAGAUGGAGCUGAAAGAGCGAGGAAUGACUAUAAAGCAGACGAAGGAGAGGACCAGAAGAAAGACGAAGAGAGAGAGAGAGAGAGAGAGGAAGAGAAGGAAAAGCGUUGA